AUGCUGCGGGGGGAGUGAAUCGACUACCACGCAUGCGCAGUGGGGCUUGCAACAUCUGUCAUCACAUCUUUUGUUAGUACAGAUUCAUUCAACAACGAGCUCUGCCAAACCUUACGGAAAUACGCAGCAGUAACGGUUUGCCUCAACAUGACAUCACGCGUUGGCUUCAAAGCUGCUGGUACCAAUGGAAGUGAAUUCAAGUACAAAGAGAGGGUGUCGGUCCCACAAUACCAAAUGAGUGCUCCCAUGAAGUCAGAGGUUCGGAAGUUAAACCUGGUCCAUCUGCUCCUCUGGCUGCUGGUGGCGGCACAAGUGACUGUCAGCCACUUCAACCUGGUGUCACAUGACAUAGUGUCCAUGCCGUACCAGUGGGAGUACCCCUACCUGCUCAGCCUCCUGCCUCUGUUCUGCAGUGCCCUAUCCCUUCCAAAGAACAAUAUCAGUUACCUGGUCUUGUCCAUGAUCAGCGCAGGGCUAUUUUCUGUGGCACCACUAAUUUACGGUGGAAUGGAGAUGUUUCCUGUGGCACAGCAGCUCUACCGCCAUGGAAAGGCCUACCGAUUCAUUUUUGGCUUCUCUGCAGUGACUGUUAUGUAUCUCAUCAUGGUGGUGGCUGUUCAAGUACACGCUUGGCAGUUAUAUUACAUGAAGAAGCUGUUAGACUCUUGGUUUGACACCACACAGGAAAAGAAGAAGAAGUAAUGGAGUGUAAAAAGCUGGACUGGGAAAAAACUGUGUUUUUAACUUAAUUUAUGCAUCUUAUUUAAGUCUAUUUAUACAUCAUAAUUAUCACAGGCAACUAACCUUAGUGACCAGUUUUUUUUCUGUGGAUGAUCCUGGCUUAUUUUCUUUAUCAAUAUUUAUUUAAAAAGCAUCAAUUACACACAAGCAGGAGUGGCAUCAAAGCAACUUCCAUAAACAAGGAAUUCCGUCUACUUUUUCUCCCUUCAUCGCCAAGUUUGAACUGCAGCUUAACUGAAAACAAAGAAAUGUGUCAUUUAGGACCAGGAAAUGUAAGUAAUCUCUCCCAAAUUCAUAUGUAGAGGUGUUCAUACAUAUAGAAGUGAAUUCAAGAAUUGGGACCAGAUUUUAAAGCACACAGAAUAUGUCUUUCUAGCAAGGAGGAGAUUUUCUCUGAAUUUGACAAUUUGUUUUUAAAGAUAUUUUUUGAGGGCUUUUUGCCUUUAAUCAGAUAGGACAGUGGAGGACAGGAAAGUGGGCGAGAGAGUCGGGGUGGGAUCCAGAAAGGAUCACGGGUCGGGAAUCGAAUCCGGGUCGCCGGCAUACGGUGCAGGUGCCCCAGCCAGUUGCGCCACGGCCGGGGCCUGAAGUUGACAAUUUGAUUAGAAUUGCUUACUCUACCUUUAAAGAAGCUAGGUUUAUGGUUGCUACAGAUGUGCUGAUGCUGUCUCUUAUUUAAGUCUACCUCUCAUAACACCUCUUUUCCAGAAUGCAUUUCAGCUAUUUACAUAAUAAAGAUGGUGAUAAAAAUAGCUGCUUGUACUGAUAUAUUUUCAUGUUUUCUCAUUCAGCAUCUGAGAGCCAGCUCAUUACUCCUGUGUUUCUGAAUAAAA